CUUGUCGUUACUGUCAAUCCUCGUCGAAGUCGUAGUCACAGAACGUCUCAUUUUCUGCCGGCCUGGCCGGGCGUUACCGAAACAAAGAAACAAACAGAAGCCUCGCCGCUGUUUUACCCGUGUCUUCCCCUCGACUGUUCGAUUUCGUUCGUUUGCGAUCGAGGAUACGGGCACGCGCGCAUGGCGAUGGCAGCAGCCACCGGCACGGUGGUGCUGGUAGACGCGGCCCUGGCCCCGUACGAGCACCCUGACCUCCGGUGGCUUGUGCGGAAGCAUGUCCUCGCCGUACUCCAGGACUUCCCCACGCUGUCGCCGUCCGUCGACACCUACACCAGCGACAGCGGCGCGUCCGCCGUGCUGCUCAACGCGCGGGGCCUCCUCACCGUCUCCCCCGCCCUGCCACCGGUCCUUCUCACCCUAUGGCUUCCCCUGGAGUACCCGUACCUGCCGCCGCUCGUCUACGUCUUCCCCGCCGCGCCGCCGGCUUCGCUCGCCCGCGACCACCCCUUCGUGGACCACCGCACCGGGCGCGUCCGCCAAACCCUGCCCUACCUUGAGGACUGGGCCGUGCCGCGCUCCAGCGUCGCCGGACUCGUGCGGAGCCUCGUUGGUGCCCUGAGGAUGUGCCACCCGCUGACGUCGCGCUUCGGCUCCGUCGUCCACGCCACGGCCACGGCCAGAGCGACGACGACGACGACGCCGACGCCGGAGGAGGAGGAGCAGGAGCGCAUGCACGCGGCGCUGCUCGACGAGCUCGUCUCCAGGCUGGGCAGGGACGCGGCCGCCUUCCGCGGCCACGUGGACGAGGACAUACAUGCCUUGUCCUCCAGCCAAGGCAACCUCCGAGCGCGGGCCGACGCCAUGGACCGCGCCGUCCGCGACCUCGAAGGCGAGAGGAUGCGGCUGGAGCGCGCCGUGACGGCCAGCCUUAGUCACCGCGGCGAGCUGCUGUCCUGGCUGCACAAGACGAGCUGCGCGCCCGACGACGCCGGAGCAGCACUACUCCUGGCACCGCACGGGGCGGCGGGCGGCGACGCGCCAAGGUGGCUUGAGAGCAAGGCGUCGGAGCUCGCCAUGGACGACACCGUCGACGCCCUUGGCCGCGCCCUCGAGGACGGCGAGCGCGUCAUCGGCUUCCACGAGUACAUCAAGCGUGUCAAGGUGCUUGCUCGGGAGCAGUUUUUCCAUUGCUACGCAGCAUCCACCUCGAUGAGCAAGCGUUCUCCGCCGCCGGACGCCACCUCCCCUUUGAUUUAGCGUCUACAGUACAACUACCGGUGACAGUUAAGACUGUCCGCACAGCGGCGGACGACGGCUGAAAAUAACAACUAAUUUUCGAUGGCCUACGAAACCGCCGAAAAUUACACGAGAAUUUUUGGCGGCCCGAAUUUACAGCCGAAAACAAGCACUAUUUUCGACGGACAGGGACUCGACCGCCGAAACUACGAAUUUUAUAGGGUUCCCUGUCUCUCUUCUCUGCCAAUUCAAAAUCUAGCUCUCCUACCUGAUUGAGCCGUCGCCAAACCGCCCAACGCCCGACCACACCAUGGUGCCGCUCCUCACACGCGACCGCACCGUGCGACCCUUCUCACGCCUGGCCCCGCCCCGACGCCCCUGCUCGAGCUACCUGACGCCUAUAUGUGAUGAUUUGACUCUUGUGGUGAAUUUAACAUGUUGUGAUGGAUUUGUUAUGAACUA